AUGCGUUCAAGACGAAGACGAAGAAGACUUCACUCCUCACUCGCUGUUCACAGUCUACUAACCCUCCCACCCACGAUACCAAUGGACUCAAUCACAGAUACAGGUACGAGCACGACGCCGCUUUCAGGAGACACGGUCGUUGCGACGCCCGGAGCCAAAGCGAGGGAUCCACAGGGUACACUCGCCGCUGGGGCCAGUCGCGAGGAACUCGCGUUGCUGCCGCCUCUCCCCACGGGGGAAGAGCUCGAGUUGCAAAGUCCCGUGGACGCGGUGGCGGUGGACCCGCUCGCUGAGGAUGCGGCGGUCUUGGACUCGCCAGAGACGUCACAACAUGGGAUCGUGGAGACCGUUGCAACGAGGCCUAAACCGAUGGCGAAGAUGCCAACACCCCCAGUCACUGAAGCUGCGUUUCUCGACGAGGCCAACAUCUCUCUGGACCUUUCAAGGGCGCUAGAGAUGCCCGAGGCAAGCUCUACGACUCGUGCGGCGAUAACACCGCCGCCUAGAGUAUCCAGCGCUCUCUCGGCAGAGACUGCAGAGACAGGGGUGCUCCAAGUGGACGCACCGCAGGCGACCGUGGCACCAUCACACUUCCCAGCGAGCCUGCUGGGCACCGCACCGCUCUCAAGAUCCAGAAGCAACUCAACAGACCUCGCGUCCAUCUACAACCUCCCAGAACGCAAAUCGCUAGACAGGAAACUGUCAGGGUCUCGCAAGUACCACCACCAUCACCAUCGCGAAGAGAAAGUAGGGUGCCCACCACAGGGACCAGAGAGCAAACCCGCGUCACCACCAACUUUGCAAGAGAGUCCACAACACCCGGCGAAGCGAAUGGGGCUCCUCAGAAGAACCUCCAGCGCUUUGCUCAGAAAGAACCCAUCCCGCUUGCUAAACAGAGGAGCACCCGCAGCUUCCGUGACCACUAAUACAGCGACCACCACCACAAACUCGUCCUCUGCGUCGUCCUCCACACCGUCCUCACCACUAAUACGGAACGUCUCUGCCUUCGACGACACACUGGCGGAGAUGCAGAAACCAACACGCCCAGGGCUCAGAACCCGUAUCUCUUCGUCCUCCACGAGGAUUGCAAGUCUCGGGUCUGCAACAACGGCCCCAUCACCGGUAUCCCGGAAGACCUCCCUCAGUACCAAGAUGCGCAAGGGUAUAUCCCGCGUGUUCAGCUCCGGAGAACUCCCCACCGCGGGUCCCCAGGCUACACAACGACUCGCGGGGCGCACAUCAUUAGGGAGCCUCCGCAGCUUGCAGAACUCGGACGAAACCAGUUCAAUGGGCAGUUCAGGUGGGGAUACCAUUAUCAUACACAAGAAAGCUCCACGACAAGAACACCCUGUGACCCCCACAGACAGCCAGGAUAUACUCAAGCUCGGCCACUCUGCCCCAGUGAUAUAUAUACGGAACACUGGCGUGCACGUCGCUGGCAUCGCACAGGAAUCGAAGCUGGCAGUCGACGCAGGGCAAGUGGGACCCCAAGGGUACGUCGAGAUACUGCGGGACACGGCGCGUGCGGAGGAACGACGACUGUCGCUCGUAGAGCGGAAAUUUAGAGAGUCCGGAUGGUGCUCCACAAGGGAACUAGAGGACCUCAGGGAGAAGAAAGAGGCAGUCGCGAGACUCUGGAGAGACAGGAUCAACGAGUACAGAACGAGCCUCGAAUCGGAAGCGCAAUGA